AUGGAGGCAGCACUCUCAGAAGGUAUUUAUACUUCUUCGUCAGACAUGCAACAGCACACUCCUCCAAACAAUUCUAAAUCUCCUUCUUUUCAGCCUGUCGUGGGUCAAGGUCUGGGGCUUACACCUCUCCCCGGAUCACAGCUUCAACAGGACCGAAACCACCUCCAGGACCUCGAUCUUCAGGGUGUGGGUGAUUUUGGUGGACCGUACGACUUGCCCACCGAUCACAAUUUAGAUCUAACGGAGAUCGAUCGAUUGAUCCGUGACGGUGAUCUGCCUGGCUCGCUAUUGUCACAAGAUAACCUAGGCGAGGUAUAUACCAAUGCUCCGUCUCUCGAACCUACCGAGAAUCCAGUUUGGAGCACAGACCCACCAGUACCCUGCCGGCUUACUCCAAGCGUCCUUCCCGAAUCGGCUGUCACUAGCGAGCCAAGAUACCGGCCAAUUGCGCCGAAACCCACUUUGGGAGCCGACAAUAAACGAUUUCUCGAUGAUAUCUCCAUCGAUGAGGAUAAUGAAAGCGAUUUAUCAUCCGCUGAAGGUAAUAAACCUGCUGCAAAGCGACAGCGUGUGGACCAAUCCAUGCAGCCAAAUUUCACUAGAAAUAGUCUCCCUACACCAGAUCAAGACCCCUACUUUUCUAAGCAACGCCGACAUGGAUUCCCGUCUGACACGGCGAACUCGUUUAUCCGGUUCCCAGUUCAUAAUUCAGUUGAGCGGCAAAGCGACUUUACCAACCGAUUUUCAAAAUUACCCUCCCUCGCGGUUGAGUUAUCGGGUGCGCCUUGUAUCACGGAGAAUACAACGUCAGCACCAGCAUCUCUUGUAACACCGAAAAAAGGGAGUAAUGGCAAUACUGUGAACGUUAAUACAACAUAUUCCCGAGCUCCAUUGUCGUUACCUCCACACAGCACUGCGCCCGCUACUCCUUGUCUGUUGGCAGACUCGGAUGUGCCUAGUUUCCAUCGCGAAUCGUCGGUUGAUUCGCUGUUCGAUGAGCGCGAAAAUUCUCCGGUGGCAAACGCUGCGUCAUCCAGUCUGAACGUUGAAAAUUCGCCAUUCGCAAUGCCUUUCAUAACCAGUUCGACGGGAACGCCGAUAUCUGAUCAUCUCAAAAGGGUUUGUCAAAUAAAAGAUGAAGAUAUCCUCCUGACUCAAUCGAGAGAGGCCGCAUGGUUUGUUCGUCAGCGCCCACGGUAUAUUUCUCCAUAUCCGCAACCUGGGGGUGCACUAGGUUAUCUUCCAUCUACACCUUCUCUUCAUGUCCGGUCCAUCAAAGCCGCAGACACUGAAAUUGCAGCUCGGUUAGAGGAUUAUCGCAAAAAAGUUCGAUCAUGCAUGUCCGAUCGCGCUAAACUCGUGGAGGAACUUCAAGCUUCAGCCGGAAGGGGAAAAUACCAGGCGCUAAAGGAUCAAGUGAAGUACCUAAAGCGAGCUGCAACUGUUCGACAAAAGAGAGAGAAGGAAGCCAAACGGGAAGCAGAACGCUGGCAGGAACAGCAUAAAAACGUAGCAACUGCGUACAAUCAACUUUGUGCGGAUUUCCACCAUCUUCGGUACUAUGCACACUCUAUGCAAAUUCAGCUUCAGCAUGUUAGCCAAGCUCGGGAACCUCGACUACUUCAUUCAUAUGCUCCCGUUCAGCACGGUAUGAGCUCUCAGGUUACUGGUCAGCUGGGAAAACUUGCUGCGCCACCUACUCAAGCGCCAGCCAUAUCUCCUCUUGAUAUGAUACGCCCUCCUACAACAUCCGUACCUAUAACGCCUAACACUUCAUCUCCGGCGACUCCAGUCAUGGUCGAUUUGACUGGCGACGAGGACACUCAAGCAGACACGAGACCGAAACCAUCUCAACCCACGGAAUAUACCUCCGUGUCAGAACCUGGGAUUGGUCAGAAAGAACUGCUGGAGAAAAUGCGUAAAAAGGAAUAUAGGUGGCUUGGGAAUAAUAAUCACAUGCAUCAGCGUUUCGCUCCUUCGCUGUCUGCUCCGCCUCAGACACAGCCCCAGGCCAUGGUAAAAUCUGCUAGUGCCCGGUCCCCAGACACGGCAACUCGAAAUAGCGCCCGGCGCGGGAACACAAAGGCGACCGUUAGCCAGAGUGAUCAGGGCCAAUCGCAAACUCAACAUACAAUUGUCGGUUUGAAUGCCACCGAUGCCAAAAAAGCCGCAUCUGCGAUGAAUUUGGGAAACGAUUUAGAAAGCCCGGAGCGCCAUUUGAACACUCCUCGGACCAGCCCCCAAGUGACCACGCAGCAAGAAGACGAAGACGAUUUUGCAAGGGUUUUAGAAAUGGCGCUUCAAAAUAAUGGUUAA